GUGUUUGUAUGGACAGCUCCUCCUCCAGCUUGGAACCAAACGGUUCAGGGAACAGAUAACAUUCAAACUGCCGUCGUUGAAGUGCUGAAUGGUAGUGUCAAUUAUCAACUGAGAUGGAAUUACACCUUAUUGGAUGGACAGAGCAUCCUUGUGGUAACCUAUGCAAUUAUUAGUGAUGGCAUAGGCCAGUCAGAUGACAUCGGAGUUGUUGUUGGCGGGAACUCUAUAAUAUAUAACAGGAAUGAUUACCGUACUCGCUUCAGUAUUGAAAGCAAAAACGAAUUUUCUACUUUGACAAUAAGCACGGUGGCUGAAAGAGAGAAUGCAACGUUCCAGUGUGAGAUUUCUCUUUCUGAAGGAAGUUCUUGGGCAUAUAACGCACGGAUUUCCAUAACAGGUAAAUGA